GACACAGUAUUUUUGUAGAAGUAUGUUCACAACUAUAAUUAAUUUGAUAUAUUUAUUUUAAUAUGAUCUAGAUGAAUUUAGAAGUGCCUUUCAAUUAUUCGAAAUAUGAUGAUUUGAUAAGUAUAUUACAGCUUGUGGAUAGACACUAUAAAAAUUCAUGCAAUGUUUUGUAGUCGUAUAGUUUUAUUUGUACAUAUAGCAUAGAGGGAUUUGUAAAAUUUAAUGGUGAGGUGACAACAAUAUUUCUAAAUUUAGUUAUUAACUUUUAUCUCUAGACUAUAUUUCUAGAAUGAUAUGCAACAUUUCCUGUACAUAUUUAUUUUCAUGAAUCGAAAGGAAAAACGUUUUGAUUUUUUCCUUUUUUUGGAGAACUUUAUGUAAGAAUAAAGUGUACAAACGUUUAGCUAAAUAGUUAGUUAUGAAUACUUAUGUAAGCCAGUAAAUAAACUUAUUAACUUUUUAUAAUACUCUUUAUUACUUGUAUGUAUAUUCAGUGUGGACUUUACUUUGCGACCACAUGCAAUGAAUUUAUCAUUAUUAAUUAUAAAAGUUAUAUGCAUCCUCUCCUGUACUUUUACGUUCCUUGUUUUUCCUUGUAGUAUAGUUAUAAUUAUGACUUCAUACAAAUGCGUUGUAAAAUAAUUUUAACAAUACCUUUCUAGUCCAGUUCUAGAUCCCAGAGAGAUUGGUGGUAAAACUCGAAUUAGGUAAUUCAAGAAAAACAUAUGUUAAUAAAUACCGUUCAAAAAUUUUGUAGCGUUUUGUCAAUCCAGUUAGAUCAAUCAUAUAUCGCCAUGCACCCCCUUAGAUUUACUUCCUCACUUCCGUAUUUCGAGCUGCGACAUACAGUAACAUUCGUAGCUGUCAGUGACAGUUUUCAGAUCUGACAAAAGAAAUCAAGAUUUGUUUAUUAAUAAACAUCUUAUUUCACAAAUGAAGGAUUCAAGGAACGAGACACAGCAGCGAGAGAAGUGCAGAAUCGCUCCUCGAGAAACUUGAUUUAGAGAUAGCGAAAGUUUUCAUUUCUACACACAUAAAUGUGAAUAUAAACAAUGUGUGAUUUGUUCACAGUAUCCCCACUUCUUAGGUCUUAUGUGACCUUAAUUUGACAGUAAAGUAUUAGUCCUUUUGAUUCUUUCUUGUGAAUAUUCCGCAAAGAUAAAGACCGAUUGCAACUUUAAUUUCCUUUUAAAUAUCUACUGUUGAGUCGAACUAGCAAUUAUGGAACGAGUGGAAGUUAUAAAUGAGUAUUAUGCUAAUCUAGACUACUAUAACAACAAAAAUAUGGCAUUCGAUAGAAUAUAUAAACUAUCAAAAACAGUAAGGUUUCAUGAAAAGGUUCAUUAUUCGACGAGAAUGGAGGAAAUGGCAAAUAUAAUUAAAGAAAACAUAUCGAUUUUCAAAUCUAUUUCUAAACAUGUAGAUAUAAUCGAUACCAUUGUACAGUAUCUAACCAUUUAUGCUACAAAAAUGAAGCGUGACAAAGAUGUAACGUUCCAGACAGCCUUCAAUGUACUGCUUACGUUCUUUAAUAUAUGUAAAGAAUUUGCAAUACGAUCAUUUUUGCUAUAUCCGAUGUACGCAAAUUCUUCCUUCGCGACAAUUGAAAGCGUUCAUGCAAAAAUAAAAUCUUGGUUAAGUUUAAUUGGUUUAGGAAAAGAAAUGAUAAUUCUUGAGGAUUCGGACUUGUAUGCAGCUGUUAAUUUUUUAAAAUUAACAGACAAUUAUUCUCUAAAUAAAAUAUGGGUGCAAGAUCAAGUGAAAGAGAAAUUUUUAUGGAUUAUGAAGAGACAUUCAGUCUUAUUCACUAUUGAUACAUUCCAAUCAUUGAAAGAUAUUCAACCUCAUGUAUGCGAUAAUCCCACUAUAAGUAUAGUAUCUAUAUGGUCCGAAGAUAUUGUAACAGCGAGGAACUUAGCGUCGUCCUUAAACAGUCACAUAGUAUUCAUAAAUACAUAUAUGGAUUUCUCCGAUAAUUGUAUACUUUUACCUUACAUGGAAAUAAUUGAGCAAGCAAGAACUCAACGAACCUUGCGUGAGAUUCGCGAAAAAAAAUCAGAUUUAAUUGAUACAGAACAGAGUGUGAAUGUAAUACAUUUUUCACAUAUUGCUAAAAUGAAUUAUACCUCAGUUUAUAAUCUGUUUUAUAAUGGUACGUGGCAAAAACCUGUGGAGGGCAUGUAUUGGAAACAUAAUGACAAUCUAUGGGCUAAUGCAACAAACGGCGAUAUCAUAAGAUGUUACGAGUCGGCUGAGAAAGGAUUCAUAACUUGGGGUGUCAUGUCUGUUGAGACCAGAAUACAGAUGUUAGCAAAACUUGAGUCCAAGUUAAAACUUAAUGGCAAAAUUGUAUUGGCAGCUAUUGCAGCAAGAUGGUUAAAAUUCCCAUACCUAUUUCCCACUGUACAGGGAUCUCUUAGUGAAAAUGGAACGGUAGAAGUAUGGGAAAUUUGUAAACCAGUAGGUGUUAUCAUUCUUAGGGAGGAAAAGGAAAGCGUUCUGUUUUUUCGGUUAAUGCAGACUUUAAUUGCUGGCAACUCUGUCAUUGUGAUGUUUGAUGCAAAUUUCUGUAAUCUGACACCAUAUUGUGAUAUGUUUUCAAAAUGUGGUAUACCUCCAGGCGUUAUAAAUAUGUUGUCACAUGAAAACACAAAUAUGUUGGAAUAUAAAUUAUGCUCAGCAAGGUAUACAGACUAUGCGGGAAGGAUUUUCUCGAAAGGCGAUUCAAGGGAAACAUAUAUUAUACCAUAUGUAAACCUUACUGUAUUCCAAAAGAUUGUACUACGUCUUAAAUAAUUUUUUGGUUUACAAAUAUAGUCAUUUUGACAUACAUCUACUGAAAAUGACAUCAAUUAUAAAAUCAUAUAUGAUUUUAGAAGAUAUUCAAACAACUUCGAAAUAUAACUGAGGGUUAUAUGUAUAAAUGUAUUGUAGCUUGUAGAUAAACACUAAAAAUUCAGGUAUACUAUAUUUUUAUUCGUAUAUAGGAUACAAAAAUAUAGAAAAAUUUAGUGCUUUUAUUUGCAGACUAUUCAUAUUUCUGAAAUAAUAUGAAAUAACAUUUUCUGUAGAUAACAAUUUUCAGCAUUAGAAAAAAAUUGUCGUUCUUUUUCUCUUUUUGGAAACAUGUAUAAUGAA